UUGUGCAAACCAUCGCAGGUCAGGUCCAAUAGUUCGACAGUUUUUCGAUUCAUUUUACUUUAUUCAUCUGAUAAAUCGAAAUAGCUAAUCAAAAGCUAAUAUCUCUAGUCCAAGCCGUCGUUAACCGGAACUCAACGAUGCCGUUGGUCUUCAAGUUGGAACGUUUCCCCAACGUUUGCCGCAGCUGCUUGCAGCCGAAGGCUCGCGACGAGCUGGUGUCCCUCGAGAGCCGACUGGAGCGGUUCCAGCAGCAGCGCUUGAUCGAUCUCAUGGACGAAAUGACAUUCCACAUUCCGGAGGAAAUGGAAUAUCUGGUUCCCAGCGGCAUCUGUUCUGGAUGCUUAGAACAGCUGCAAGAGUUUUUGGAUUACAGGCAACGAAUAACUUGCGUUACGAAGUUUAUGUUAGCGCUGGCUCACAUUAAGAAUGGUGAUACCACGACUAUGGAAGAAUUAUUUUCGGAAAGCGAUUCCGGGCUUUUGGAAACGCUUAACCGACUAAAGAUAGUUGAGAAAUCGAGCCUGGAGCUGGAAGAACUACUUGCUGAGUUUUCUCGGUACGAUAUAAACUCGAUCAUGAAUGUAAAAAAAGAGGUGGGCGAAGAGGAAUGUUUAGAUUUUAGCAUAAUGGAUGGUUCCGACCUUAAGGUUGAGAUCGACGAUGGAGAAAUGAUCGUCGAAUAUCUGGAAUCGGCAAUUCAGAAGAAACGCAGAAAGCGUAAACCGAGACAUUUAAUGUUCACAGCUAAGAAAAGAGGACGUCCGAGAAAAGAUUUAUCAGAAACUGAUGGCGCGUCACCACCAAAACCAAAUCUAGAAGCAACAGAAGUAUAUCAGGAAAUGUAUGGAGAGGAUUCCAACGAAAACGUUACGUUCGAUCAGGCCUCUAACGAUUCGGACCAACAUGAAGAGCGCGAAGUAGCGGAAACGAUGGUUGGACCUCAAUUUCAGGAUGAUUCGGAUGACGAUUUUCAGCUGGAUGAAGCACUCUUAUCCGAAAGCCGACAGCGAAAGAUUCGCGAGAAGACAGGACCUCUACAGCAAUGCCCUAAGUGCAAGUUCAGAACGUGCUUCUCGCGAACUUUUGAACUGCACAUGGCCAAACAUGCAAGGAGAGCUUUACCGUUUUGUUGUCGUCGAUGCGAUAUAGUGUUCGAGAGUCGCGUCGAAUUAGUCAGGCACAAACGAUCGGAGCACCGGGAUUUUAUCUGCGAUACUUGUGGGUUAUCAUUCCAACAGAAAUUCGGACUCGAAACUCAUCGAAAGCGGCACGGAAAUGUGCGCCAGUUUAAGUGCGAUUACUGUCCGAUGGAAUACUUUACCAAACCGGAAAAAUCGCUACAUAUGAAACAGGUCCAUUUGAAUGCGUUCUUGGCGAACUGUCCGCACUGUGGUCUUGCCUUCAAAACCAAAUCCACCCUGAAUCAACACCUGAAAACACAUGAUAAUCAGCGAACCCACACCUGCGCUGUUUGUGGUUUCGGAUUCAAAUCGUAUACCCACCUCAAUCGACACAUCAAGGCAGUCCAUCAGGAUGUGCGUUUCAACUGCGAACAUUGUGAGGUUUCCUACGGCCGGAAGGAUAAGUUAAGGAUGCAUAUGGAGAAAGUCCAUAAUAUUCAAACUUAUUUCGUGUGCGAAAUUUGCCUACAGUCCUACCCUACCAACAAAAAGCUGGAUGAACAUAAAGUCCAUCAUGAUAAUCCAAAACCGUUGCAAUGUGGCACCUGUUUAGCGGCUCACUUGACGCAGGAAGAGUUUGACCAACACCUUUGUAUUUCAUAUCAAGAAAAUUACUUGUGCUGCGGAAGAGAUUUCAAGUUUCACUUUUACUACAACAAGCACAUGUUUCUGGAGCAUGGAAUGAAAACAAACGUUCGAGUCAAACCGAAGCAAGGAGUGUUGUUGGGCCAGUACAGAGCCAUGAGGAAACAGGCCGAGCGUUGCCCUCGCUGCGGACAGGAAUUCGCGACCCGUAAUCUCAAAAAGCAACACAUGCUAAGCUGCCAUGGUACAUCGACUGUCACGAUCGGGACCGAACAACAACCCGACGGCAGUCAACCGGUGGUGUUGCUAGAUCCAAGCACCCUGGACACAACAACUGAGGAGAUCGUCGAGGUUUCAACAACCACCUCGAGUGCGCUUCUGGCCACCAUAGCUCAGCCACCGCCGGUUACGUACGAGAUCGAGUACAUUGACCAGUACGACGGGAAAGGAACGCCGGAGUGAAAUCCUUUGCCAGAUUGUAAUGUAAGUAGAUAAGUAAGUUUUGAAAAUAAACUUUGUAGUGGAAGCGAUAUCCUUCGAAAGGAUAUCGU